AUGCUCACUUCCCAGAUUUUCCCUUCCCUGUCAUCACAUUUUUACAGUCACCAAGUUCGUUUUCAAAAGCCACGGUCCAAAGAGCCCCAGAAAUGUGCUUCCCAGCUUUCCUCUGCCAUUGAUUCGGUUUCUGCUGUGGAUGCCUUGGCUUCAUGUGCGUCAUCAAGAAACCUAGAACUAGGGGUUUGCCUCCAUGCUUUAGUUCUAAAAUCCAGGCUCAAGAACAAUGUCUUUGUCAACAACUCUCUUCUCAAUAUGUACACAAAAUGCCAAAAUAUUGAGGACGCAGCAAGGUUGUUCGAUCAUAUGCCUGAGAGAACUAUGGUGUCCUGGACUUCGAUGAUAUCAGGUUACUGCCAGAAUGGAGCAGCUGAUAAAGCAAUAGCUCUUUUCUGUGAGAUGCUUAAAAAUGUGCAUUCCAAUGAGUUCACUCUAGCCGCGCUUCUACAGGCUUGUGCUAAGAAAGAUGAUGCCUUCUCGGUCGAGUGUAUUCAUUGUCUUGUGGUGAAACUGGGGCUUCUGUCAGAUGGCUUCCUGAGAAAUUGUUUGAUAGAUGCGUAUGCAAAAUCGGGUUUGUUGUUACAUUCAGAGAAGCUUUUGGAGAGAUUUAGUUGUGGGGAUGUCGUUGCAUGGACUUCAGUUAUAUCAGGCUAUGUAUUCAAUGGAAUGAUGGAAGAAGCACUUGCCAUUUUUAUGAGGAUGCAGGUUGCAGGGAUUCUACCUAAUGAGGUAACAAUUUUAAGCAUUUUACAUGCGUGUUCAUUGAUUAACCAUUCGUUGAAAAUACGGUGGGUUCAUGGCUUAGUCAUAAAAAUGGGGUUGUGUGGCAAUGAUCUUAUUAUUAACUCUCUAGUUGAAGUGUAUGUGCUUAAUGGGCAUUUCAAGGAAGCAAUGGAAAUUUUUGGUAGAUUUUCUUUCAUGGGUGAUGGCUGUUAUCUUAGUCCAGAGACCAUGGCCAGCCUUCUGCAGCAAUGUGGUCACUGGAGAUAUGUGAAGUUGGGGAAGGAGAUUCAUGGGUACCUGAGUAAACAUGGUUUCUUUCCUUGUAUUGUCAUUGAAAAUUCUCUGAUCGACAUGUACGCUGAAAAUGGAGAUGGUGAAUCUGCCUACCAGCUCUUUGCAAGGAUGAACCAGAGGGAUAUAGUUUCUUGGAACACCAUGAUUACAUGCCUUGUAAAGAAUGGUGAAUCUCAUCAGGCCUUAAUGCUGCUUCAAGAGAUCCACAGAAGAAAGGAAAAUGGUUCAGUGUCCCCUGAUUUCAUUACUAUGUUAGCGUCGAUUCAAGCUUGUUCAAACUUAGAGUCAUUGCAGCUAGGCGGAAUAAUACAUGGAUACAUAACUAGAGCAGGUUUAAUUAAUGAUAUCUUCGUUCAGAAUGCUCUUAUUGAUAUGUAUGGAAGAUCAGGCCAGUUGGACUUGGCAGAGAAUAUUUUCAAAGAAAUGCUUAUCAAAGAUCUUGGUUCGUGGAAUUCUCUAAUCAGUGCUUAUGGAGUCAAUGGAGAAGGAACCUCCGCUCUCCGGGUUUUCACUGAACUGAAGAAAUCAAGCUCUGACAAACCAAAUGCAAUUACAUAUGUGAAUAUUCUUUCUGCAUGUGCUCACUCAGGAAUGGUUAAAGAAGGUUUUGAAGUUUUCAGAUGCAUGUACAGAGAUGGCGUUGAACCGAGUAUGGAACAUUUUGUCUGCAUGGUGGACCUGUUGGGGAGGUCAGGAAGGCUGGAAGAAGCGGAAGCCUUUAUAGAAGAGAUGCCAGUAAAGCCUGGUCCGGAAGUAUGGGGUGCUCUGCUGGGUGCCUGUGGGCUCUUUGGCAACAUUACCAUGGCCGAAAGAGCAGCAAAGCAGCUCUCAACUUUGGAACCAGAGAGCAGGAUUUGGAGAGUUGCAUUGUCUAACGUUUAUGCUAGUGUUGGUAAUUGGGAGAGUGCAGCCAAGAUGAGAGCCGAAAUGAAGGGAUUAAAAGGGACGGGAAAGGAGGCUGGAUGGAGUAGCGUCGAGGUCGGAGGUUAUAGGUUCAAGUUUAUGGUAAAUGACACAAGACAUCCGGAGAGUAAAACGAUCUAUCAAGUUCUGAGCAGAAUUAUGGAGCAUAUCAGUGAUGAGGUUCGGGGAUGACCAUAAUGGUAAAUGUUACAGGAAGGAUCUUUCAAGCAUUUGGUUGGCAGCAAAAAUAUUUCAGGAAAGGAGUUGAGGAUAGAUAUAGAGUUGCGGUUUGCUUGAAAGAGUAACAAGCCAAUAUAUAUGUCCCGGACUGAUCAGAUCAAGAAAUACCCAAACCCAAACCCCUGAUUGAGUGAGGGUGUGAUCUAGAUCUAAAAAUAUUGCUUUAAAUCUUAUAAAAUAUAGUAAUUGGAUGAA